AUGUCAACUUUUAUUAAGACACACAAGAGGAAGAAUAGUCAUAAGUUUCUGGGACCACAAGCAACUUCAGGAGCAUCAAUGAGAUCUGAUUUUGAAAUGGAUGAUAUGGGCGAUAUACCACCACCUUUAAAUCUACACCAGCAAACUCAAGAAGAAGAACAACGACAACGACAACGACAAGAACAACAAGAACAAGAUGGAUACUCAUAUUUCACUGAAACGAUACCAGAUAUAGAUCUAGAACAACAAUCACUUCGAGAACAACCUUCUUCAUUCUUACUUGACGAUGAUGAUGAAAGACUUUCCUCUUCACCAACUCCUGACAGAAACCUUUCAUGGGAAAGUUGGUAUAUACACAAAAAAUAUUCACAUAAUAAAAAUAAAUUGCUAUGUAUCAGUACCAGUGCUUUGUUACUAGUUUUUUUUAUCGUAAUUAUACCCAUGUUAAACACACCAAGUGACUCUUCUCGAUCAAAUGGGAAAAAUGGUAACUUGUCUCGAAAAAGGAAUAAAUUUACCAUUAAUGACAUAUUUAAUGGCGACUUCUCAGUAGAUCAUAAGACUUUCCAUUUCAUUGAACCAGCUUCUAGAUUACAAUCCCACGAUAUGGAUCCAGGUUUAUACUAUACAGUAGAAGAUAAAGAUCUAGGAAGACAUUUUGUGGCUAAGCAACUAUUCAAUAAAGAUUUCGAACAAGAUUUAGGUAGUACGAAAUUCUUUUAUGAUGAUAAAGAAUAUACCGUGAUGAAUGUCAUAUUCAAUUAUAGAUUAGAUAGAGCUAUCUUGAUGACUGAUAUCGUUCCGGAAUUUAGACAUUCUUCUAAAGGAUAUUAUUUUUUGAAAGAUUUAAAUACUAAUAAAAUUACUCCAAUAACACCUCCAGCUAGCAAUUCCUUAGAAAAACUUUCAUACGCUGCAUUUUCACCAAGUUACAAUUACGUUUAUUUCGUUUAUGAGAAUAAUUUAUACCUUAAAUCAGCUUAUAAUGAUGGGAAAGUUACUCAAAUUACAAAUGACGGAUCUUCAAACAUUCUUAACGCGAAGACAGGUUGGAUUUAUGAAGAGGAAGUACUUGCAUCGGACAAGGGAAUAUGGUGGGCACCUGAUGAUUCCAAAUUUGUAUUUGCCAAGAUUAAUGAAACUGAUGUACCAUCUUAUCAAUUCCCAUUAUAUACCACUGGUAAUCAGUUCCCUCUUACUAAGGAAAUAAAAUAUCCUAAACCAGGUACUCCAAAUCCUAAAAUCCAAUUAUAUAUGUUGGAUUUAAUAAACAGUGUUCUCUAUCAAAUCAAUACAGGAAACAAAGACUAUGAUUUCAUAUUAUACGAUGCUCAAUGGGUUAGUUCAGAUUUUUUCCUUUUUAAAGAAACAGACCGUGCAUCGAAAAUAAUGAACGUGAAAAGUUAUAAUGCUAAAGAAUCAAAAUUGGAAAUUGUACGGAAGAUCGAUUCCACUAAAUAUAAUGGCUGGAUUGAAAAAACUUUCAAAAUUUUACCAAUUCCACCAAAGAAAUCUCUUGAUAGAACUGAGUUUGGAUACGUCGAUAUUGCUGUCGAUCAAGAAGGUUAUAAUCAUUUAUUUUACUUUCCAACUGUAAAUUCUACGGAGGGAAAACAGUUAACUAAAGGACAAUGGGAAGUGACAGAUCGAGGUAUUGUAGGUUUUGAAUAUGAAUCAGAUACAAUUUUUUUCACAGCUAACCAAAUUGGUCCAAUGGCACAACAUCUAUAUGCUGUGUCUCUCAGUGAUGAACGUGGUGACGAUCAUUAUACUGUUCAAACUUUACAGGACCCAAACCAAAAAAAUGAUUAUUAUGAUUUCGAAUUAAGUUCUAGCGGGAGAUUUGCCAUGGCUAAAUAUUUAGGUUCUUCAACUCCACAGUAUAGAGUCGGUCCAUUAUCUGAUGUUUUAGAUGCUAACAGUGAGUCUGGUAGGGUGAUUAAUUUAACUGAUGAUUCAGAAUUCAAAGAAGCUUUAGAAAAAUACAACUUACCCGUGACUAGUUACAAAAAUAUUGUUCUUGACGAUGGCGUGACGAUCAAUUAUAUUGAGAUUAAACCAGCAUUCAUGGACCCAAAGAAGAAAUACCCAGUGUUAGUUAAUGUAUAUGGUGGACCAGGCUCUCAGACUUUUACCACUAAGUCAUCCUUUUUAUUAGAGCAAGCAGUGGCUUCUGGAUUAGAUGCAAUUGUCUUACAAAUUGAACCAAGGGGAACAGGUACUAAAGGUUGGAAAUUCAGAUCCUGGGCAAAAAAGAAGUUAGGAUUUUAUGAACCUCGUGACGUGACAGAAGUUGUUCAAAAAUUCAUUAAGAUGAAUGAACCUCAUAUUGACAGGAAAAGAGUUGCUAUUUGGGGGUGGUCAUACGGUGGGUUUACUACAUUGAAAACUAUUGAAUAUGAUAAAGGUGAAACAUUUACGUAUGCCAUGGCUGUAGCGCCUGUAACUAACUGGACAUUUUAUGAUUCUAUAUAUACAGAGAGAUAUAUGGAUGCUCCAUUGAAUAAUGAAGAAGGAUAUCGAGAUAUAUCCGUAGUAAAAGAUGUUGAACCAUUUAAAAACUUGAAUAGAUUUUUAAUUAUACAUGGAACAGCAGAUGAUAAUGUUCAUAUACAAAACAGUUAUGAAUUUCUAGACAAAUUAAAUUUGGCGGGCAUACGAAAUUAUGAUAUGCAUAUUUUCCCAGAUUCAGACCAUUCUAUUAGAUACCAUAAUGCGCAAGUAAUAAUUUAUCAGAAAUUAUAUUAUUGGUUAGAAACAGCAUUCAAUGGGAAAUUUGAUAAUGUCAAUAUGUAA